CUUUAAUGUUGAGCUUGAAUGACUGAAAUGCUAUGUCAAAUAAGCAACGCCUCAAAAUUACAAGAAAAAUUAAAGGGAAGAGCCUUUCAGAUUGGCAUUGCAAUGCAAUGAAAUGUGAUGAUGCAUCAGAGUAGCCCUCAAGAAGGCUAUGGAUAUCAAACUAUCACAUGGUCAUAUCCUUGCUCAAAUCAACCAUUGGGAUAUUGUGAGCUCCAAUGUCAUUAGUAUGGUUCAAACACCUUGUAUCAUAUCAACACAUUAGGGCUUGGAACUGCAACCUCUACUGUGGUGGACGCAUAAAAACGCAUUAAAAAACUUCAACAGACAGUUGAAAAAACCGUGAAAAAACCCGCUACCGCAUACAUGGCGGCCCAAUCUUUCCGGACGGCUAUUCAACCGUCCAUCUUUUAUACUUUUCCACGCGAAGGCUCUACAAGGACUCCUUUCCCCUAUGUUAAAAUAUUGAAGAAAUCUUAUUGGUUAGAAAUGGAGCACACGGAUCGCAGUUUGAAUAUACUAACAACCGUUGAUUAUAAUCAAAAGAAAACUGACUGAAUACCAAAAGUCUAAUCCAUUUCUCGAGAGUUCAGUAUAAAUAACCAACAAAGGAGACCAGUUUGAUUCAUAGAAAUUCUUUUCCAUCUCUGAACGAUUCACAGAAGUUCUCAAAAACCUAGUAUUCAGAACCAUAAUUUUAGGUUACAAUGGAAGGAACUGCAACUGCAAAUGUUGGCAAGGGAGGAAGAUAUGGCGGUGAUAGAAAGAAAGCCGGAUUACAAUUCCCAGUCGGAAGAAUCGCUCGUUUCUUGAAGAAAGGUCGUUAUUCUCGACGUCUUGGUUCUGGUGCUCCCGUUUACAUGGCUGCUGUUCUCGAGUAUCUCGCUGCUGAGGUAUUGGAAUUGGCUGGAAAUGCUGCAAGAGACAACAAGAAAUCGAGAAUUAUCCCAAGACAUUUGUGUUUAGCAAUAAGGAAUGAUGAAGAAUUGGGGAAAUUGCUUGCUGGUGUUACAAUUGCUAGUGGUGGUGUCCUUCCUAACAUUAACCCCAUCUUGUUACCAAAGAAGAGCGGAAAGGCUGAGCCAGAAACUCAAAAAUUUCCAGGAAAAUCUGUUGCUUCUAAAUCUUCCAAGAAGUAAAAAUAUGAUCUAGUUACUUAGUAGUAGUGCUGUGAAUGUGUAAAUAAUAAAAUGUAGGGUUCAACUUUUGGGUUGUAAUGUGUAAUGAAACAUCUUCUUCUUCUUCAAUACACGUUCACCAUUCGUAAAA